AUAAAGUAUAAAUUACCUAAUUAUCUAGUUCUACUAUUUAGGCUAAUUACUAUAUUUAUAAACUUUAAAGACUUUAUAAACUUUUUAUUUAUAAAAUAUUUAAAUAACUUUCUAAUUAUUUAUCUAAAUGAUAUUAUGAUAUAUUUAUAA